AAAUAGAAACAGCAGGACCAACUGUCGGACUAUCCGAUAAAUACAUGUUUAAAAUAUUUUUGAUAGUAAAAUGGUUAGCUUAUUUAAUUGCUAACAGUAUAAUCCAAUAUUACUUUAAUUAUUUCAAUCGACCGUCAAAAAUUCCUGGUCCAUUACCUUUACCAAUUAUUGGAAAUCUACAUCAAUGUGGAGAAGAUUUGCCAGCAGCGAUAGAAACAUUUCAUAAAAAAUAUGGUGAUUUAUACGAAUUUUAUAUAGGAAGUACACGCGCAGUUGUUAUUAGCAAACCUGAUUUAGCUGAAAAAGUGUGGGGAGCUUUGUCUCUCAAAAAUGCAACCUUUGUUAUGCGUAAUGCAUAUUCUGAAGGUAUUGUUGAACUUGGUUUAGGUACAAAAGGAAUGGUACUCAAUCGUGAUAUUGAUGUUUGGGCUGUCAAUAGAAAAUUUAUGAGGGUUAUUUCUUCACCUCCAUUUCUACGUGAAUCAAUCAAUAUAACAAGUAACAUGAUUGAUCAAAUGUUUGAAUUUUGGAAAGUUAUUGAAAAAAAAGGAAUGCCAAUCGAAGUUUCCCAGUGGAUAGAUGCUUUGGGAGCAGAAAUUGUUUCGACAACUGCAACUGGAAAAAGAAUAACAGCAAUGACUGAAUUAUUUAAUGAAUUGAAAAUUGAAAAUAAUAAAUCUAAAGUACAAGGAGCUUGGCAAAAUGGCGUAAAAUUUACUAAAGCAAUUCAUCUUUAUAAUGAAUCAAUGUCAUUUAUGAUGUUAUUUCCAACAAAGUUUCGAAGAAAUGUCCCUUUUAUUAAAGAUGUAAAUAAAAAGUAUUUGGAUAAUAGAGAUUGGAUAUAUCAAGAAAUGGAUAGGAUCGUUUCCGAAAGACAAAAAGAAAUUGAAAAUACACCUUUGGAUCAACCACUUGAGCCAAAUAUUUUAACUUUAUUACUUACAACAAAUACGGAAAGAGAUUUGGACAAAAUUUCAGUCAGUAAAUUUGACCGACCUUUAACAAAUGAUGAAGUAAUAUCAAUAUUACGUGAAGUAUUUACUGGUGGAUUAGAUACUACAUCCAACUCUUUAUCAUAUAUUAUUUUUUACCUUGCAAAAAAUCGAGAUGUUUACUUGAAAAUGAGACAAGAAGUAUUGGAUGUUUAUGGUACACUUGACAAUCCAGAACUUACAUUGGAAUCGUAUGGAAAACUCAAGUAUAUAGAAGCCGUAAUCAAUGAAGGUAUUCGCAUUUUCCCUUCAGUAUCUUGGAUGCCUCGUGCCGCAACCGAAGAUGUUGAAUUUGAUGGAUUUACAAUUAAAGCAGAUACAACAGUUUAUACAGAUUUUAGUGCGUUAAGUCAUAAUCCUAAAUACUUUAAAGAUCCAGAAAUUUUUAACCCUGAUAGAUUCUUAAAUGAUAAAGAAUCAAUUGUUAAAUAUACUUAUAUGCCUUUUGGGAGUGGUUUUCGCAUUUGUCCUGGUCGAAUGUGGGCUAUGAUUCAAAUGAAAACAUUUUUUAUUAAACUUGUUUGUACAUUUGAUAUAGAAUCGAAUGAUAAAAAUGAUAAACCUAAAUAUUCUUUUCAUACCAUAAGACGACCUAAAGAUAUAAACAUUUUUAUUAAGACUAGAAAAAAUUAA